AUGGUGCAACGGCCAGAACACACAGCGUCUCCGGAGAAAAGAUCAGAGAAGAUUUCGAGGUUCCACAUUCGGACCGAGCACAGCUUGGCCGAUCCGGAGCUCCACCGCGCCGCCGAUAAGGAUGAUCCCGAGGCUCUCCUCGAAGCCGUCGCCAUGGCUGGACUCGUCGGAGUCCUUCGCCAGCUCGGCGACCUUGCUCAGUUUGCUGCCGAGAUCUUCCAUGACUUGCAUGAAGAAGUAAUGGCCACUGCCGCGAGAGGCCACAGUCUUAUUUCUCGUGUUCAGCAACUUGAAGCUGAAGUUCCUGCACUCGAGAAAGCUUUUUUGUCACAAACUCAUCAUCAUUCAUUCUUUACAAAUGGAGGGAUUGAAUGGCAUCCUAAUCUCCAAUCUGAACAGAAUCUUGUUACUCGCGGAGACUUACCUCGAUUUAUAAUGGAUUCGUAUGAAGAAUGUCGUGCUCCCCCAAGGCUGUUCCUUCUAGACAAGUUUGAUGUGGCUGGGGCUGGGGCAUGUCUGAAGCGGUAUACUGAUCCAUCAUUCUUUAAAGUGGAGUCCUCUGUAACAACAGUAGAAGUUCACAGGGAAAAAAGGAUUCGUAAGGUCAAGCAGAAGAAAGUAUCACAAUCAAGGAAUGGUACAAAACCUGAAGUUGUCUCAUCCCAUGCCAAACUGCACCAGUUAUUCCUUGAGGAGCGCAUUGAGAAUGCUUGCAAUGAUCCUGCACGUCUUGUGAAGUUGAAGAAAAAACAGUUGAAUGGAUCGGCAGUAGAUUCAAAGACUGGGAAAAGUUACAUGGAGAAGAUUUUUGAGAAUUCCUCACCAGAUCAUAAAAUGGUUUGUGAAGCCUCAAUCACUCCACACCCACUGAAAUCAAUGUUUGAUGCUGAUGACAAUGGGAUUACAGUACUUGAAAUCAGUAGUCUUAGCUCUGUGAAAAGGUCACCAGGAUAUGAAAGCAAAAGAUCAUCACCACUCAAUGAGCAGGAAUUAGAACUGAAACCAUACUCUGAAGUGAGGAAUGGAGAUUUUGUGCAAGUGCAUGAAGAUGUCUUAGGAGGCGUGACACAUAAGACGCCUUUAAAUCAUCCCAAGGUACCUGAUGAGAGACGAUUGGUAGUUGAUGAACAAAAGAACAGAGAAUGCAUCUUGGAUGGUUACCAUUCUGAUGACGUGACUAGCGAGGUUGACGAUUACAUGGAUGCCUUAGCUUCCAUCGAAGAACUGGAAACAGAAAUUGAGUGUAGACCAAAGAAAAGCUUAUUCCAUAUUCAAAAGACAAGUGAUUCAAAUGGCAAAGAAGAACAUCAACUGCAAGCUCAAUUUUCAGAUUCUCAAUCAUUUGGGGACUCCUUGACAUCUGAAGAAAUUGAUUCAGUUGAUCAAGAUCGAAAUGAUGAAUGUACCGAAGUGCAAGCUCAGCUGUCAGAUUCUCAAUCAACACGAAGCUCCAAUGCAUCAGAUGAUAGCAGAUCAUCCAGAAGAGUCAGAAUUGCUGAACGCACCCAACUGAAAACUCCGUUUUCAGAUUCUCAAUCUAUUGGAAACUCCUCCAUAUCAGAGAUUGAAUAUAUGCCAUCCAACCAGCUUGACCAAAAUGUUAAGUUGCAAAAUACUCAUUGUGGUGGGUUUGUCAUGCAUGACAAAGGACAUGUUUAUGGAGAAGAUAUCUCUGGUUUUGGACCAGCUGCUUCUGUUUCAUGUCUAAUGGAUUCAGGACAUUCAUUGUUAUCUUUAGAUCCUGGACCCCUCUCCUCAAUGUGCCUCCCUAUAAGGACUCAAUCUGGUGAAACACAAUCUGGCCCUGUUGAAACUCAUCAAAGCUUAGAAGAUGAUGAAGACAGGAAGUCACUUGUUGAAUCUGUGAUGAAAGAUGAUGCUUGCUCUAUUGUUUCUUCCAAUAACAAAUCUCUGGAUAGCUUGGAUGUUUGUGAUCCAUGUGUUAGUUCCAAUGCUUUAGAAGAUUUUAAUGAUUUGAACUUGGCACAGGAAGAUGAAUAUGGUAAUCAUUCUACAAUAACAGUAUUGCAGGAAGAAUCUGCUAAUAAAUACUCUUCUGCAAUUUCGAAUUGCGGUGAUAUGGGUUUUCAAGGAGAGAAUCCAAUUUUCCCAUCCAUGAAAACAGACUUGAAUUUGGGUACCAAGUUGGCACUUGGUGGCCGAGACUUUAAUUCUGAGAAUGGUGUAAAUGAAAUCCAACACAUCUCAGAGGAUUUGUCUCCUGCUUUGGAGACUCCACAAAUAAGUAACAUUACAGAGGAACUAUCGGAUUUUACUCUAAAUCAACCGGAUGAGCCACAUUCCGCAGAAUCUGAAGUUUUCUGUUCUGAGCAGCAAUCAACUUUUGAAGACAUACAAAGGAUGCUGCUUGCUGAUGAAAAAGGUGGAUCCAAAGUUGAAGAUGAUGUUCAUAUUAAAUAUCUGUCUUCUCUUGAUAACAAUAAGCAGGACAAUCUUGUCUUUGUAAAUGACAUGUCCACUGAAAAGGUUCAUUCAGAUCAGGCUUUUUCUGCUCUUCAUUUGGUUGAUAGUGCUGAAAAUGGUGCAAGUACUUUUAAUUCUCUGUCCUCGGGUUUUGUUUCUUCCCCAUCAAGGAAUGCUUCAGAUUUGAGUUCUUUUAGUUCCCAUCGGAAUGAAAUAAAAUACAAUGAGGCCGAUUUGACAAAAGUUUAUGUAGGAUUGAAUUCAGAGAAGAGGGUAAAUAAAUUGGAAUCGUCUUCAGACAUCAUAUCUUCUCCAGCUAAAAGGCUUACAGAUUUGGAAGAAUCUACAUUUGCAGAUUCUCAUGAGAAAGAGAUGAAAGUCAACGAGGUAGUUCCUCACAAAUAUUUGACAGCCUUAGUGGCACCAAGGGUGGUGGAUCAACUUGAAAUUGGUUCUGCUGACAUACAGUCAAAUCCGAACAGAUCUGUACCCUGUGAUCCAUGUCAUUCUGAAAUAUGUAACAAUAUCCAAGAGGAGAGAAUUCAAAAUCUUUCUGCUGUCAGUGAAAUGAAAGUGGUGGACUCAAGUUCAGAGCUAGAGUCUGAGAGGUCAGAAUCUGUAUGUCUUUCUCAGAAUGAUGUACAGAACAACAAAGAGAGUUUCUCAUCACCUUCCUUUAACCAGCUGAAGCCAGAAACACAUUCAGAGCUGAUUGUGGAAUCACCGGUUAAUCAACGGGAUGCAGAAGUUCAGCUCAGAAAUGAUGGAUACCAUUCCCUUGAGAAAUUUCAAUUUCAUCACCAAUCUUCAAGUCAGUUGGAACAACUAAGAAUCCAUCCAGAGGAACAGUCAUCAUUUGAUUUCUCGUCUAAGUCAUUUUUGCAGGAGACCAGUCCCACCAAGCAUGUCAUGCAUUCAUUGCAUCCCAUGAUUCCGGAGUUAACCAAUAAUCAUGAGGAGGUACCUCCUAUGCCCCCUUUACCACCAAUGCAGUGGAGAACGAGCAAGGUUCAACAUUCUUCCCUAGUUUCACAGAGGGAAGAAAUAGAAGCAACUCAUGCAUCAUUGCAACCAAUACAGCCAGUUAAACCUGAUGAUAAGUCUCAGUUUGGUUUAUCAACCUCUGAUAGAGACACUAUACUGUAUCAAAAUCCAUUUUUGCCUGUCAUGGCUGUGGAAAGCAGUAAACUCCAGCGUUCUCCUGGGUUUUUAGCUGGUUUACCAGAGCAUUCAGUUGCUAUUCCCUUGCAAUUUCCUAUCAUGAUAAAUAAAUCAAAUAGUCAAUAUAGUUACCUGGUUAUGGAUAAAAGCCAACAUCAGAACUCAUUUUUAACACUACCUGUGGUAUCUACGAGCAGGCCUCCACAUGGAUAUGUCAUUGCUUCAGAGGGAGAAACGGUACAGAGUGCAAGUCCAGAGGUCAAGGAUGAAUCUGGAGAAUCGCAUUUGAUGCCACCUACUGAACUUGCUGCUUCUGGAAAUGAUCUCACCUCAGCAAGAGAACAUAUCACCCCAAGACAAUUAACAGAAGAGACUAGUAGCUUAGAAGUUAAAACAUUUGAGCAGUCUUCGAUUUACUCAGAAAGGAAACAGGGAGAUCCCUCUAUCUCACCAAUGGCACCACCAGGCAUAGAAGUUGGGCAGCCCAAUGACAGUCUGUUGCCUUCAAAGGGGGGAACGGCAUCGCCAUUGGAUAAAUCUUCCCGAACACCAGAGUUUGAUAAUAAAAUGCCAAAUGGAAAGCCGAAGAAUAAGAUUGUUCGUCCUGAGAGUCCUAUAAUUGAUAUUGCUGCUGCUCUUGACAGAAGCAAGCUGAGAAAAGUUUCCGAACGGAUUAUUCCUCCAAAACCACCCAAGUUAGAUGAAAGAGAUUCAUUGUUAGAGCAGAUAAGAUCAAAGUCCUUCAACUUGAGACCUGCUGCAGCUACACGACCCAUCAUGCAGGGUCCAAAAACAAAUUUGAGGGUUGCUGCCAUCUUGGAGAAAGCAAAUUCAAUUCGCCAGGCAUUGGCUGGAAGUGAUGAAGAUGAUGAUACAGAUAGUUGGAGUGAUUCUUGAGCGGGAAACACAAUACAUAUAAUUCUUUAUCUUACUCCAUGUUCAUAGUUCACUCGGGACAACUUAAGUCCCUUCCAGAGUUCGCUUAAUCACACACAUAUAGGUGCAUGAACUUAGGAACAAGCAUGCAGUGCGUUUAGUAUCACUUCAAAACUCAUCCAUUUUUUCGGUGGUGAAUACCGAUUCAGUCAAAGGCUCAGCCCGUUAUCGCUGACCAAUCUUAGACAAAUCAUCCACAUCUCCUUCUUUUUUUUAGAAAAAAAAAAAGUACGUGUAUAUUUGUGUUGAUGUGUUGUGCUUCAUGAUUACCCAAUUUUGUAAUAUAGUGGUUUCUCGUAAUUGCAUCAUGAACAUGUAUCAUCAUGUAGCUAAUAUGCUUGUGUCCAAUACCAUAGUAUAUUUUUACACGCGAGUAAAAUUGCUUUGAAUGUAUACUUGAUUACUUGUA